CGCCCUGUCCCGUUUAGACAAUGCCCUGGAGCCGCCAGACCGUCGCGCCCCUGCCCCACCGUAGUACUUGCCCUCGCCUACCCAGGGGCUCCUCGGAGCCAAAGCUCCAGUCCCCGAGGCUUGAAGACUAGGACUCUUUUCUCCACCAACUCUGUCCUCACGGGGGUUGGGACCCCGGCCAAGAUCACAGAGCGGCAGGAGUGGGGGUGAGCGCUGGAGACAGGUGAAGUAAACGGAGGAAACUCAGAAGUCAGCGCCGCCGGAGGGGCGUCCGUGUGGAUGGGAUGGGGACGCCGGGGGAGGGGCUGGGUCGCUGCUCCCACGCCCUGAUCCGCGGGGUCCCGGAGAGCCUGGCGUCGGGGGAGGGUGCAGGGGCCGGCCUCCCAGCCCUGGACCUGGCUAAAGCACAGAGGGAGCACGGGGUGCUGGGGGGUAAACUGAGGCAGCGGUUGGGGCUGCAGCUGCUAGAACUGCCUCCUGAAGAGUCGCUGCCGCUGGGACCGCUGCUCGGCGACACCGCGGUGAUCCAAGGGGACACGGCCCUAAUCACGCGGCCCUGGAGUCCUGCCCGCAGGCCGGAGGUGGAUGGCGUCCGCAAGGCGCUCCAGGACCUGGGGCUCCGGGUCGUGGAGACGGGGGACGAGAACGCGACGCUGGACGGCACAGACGUGCUCUUCACGGGCCGGGAGUUUUUCGUAGGCCUCUCCAAGUGGACCAACCACCGGGGGGCGGAGAUCGUGGCGGACACGUUCCGGGACUUCGCUGUCUCCACGGUGCCGGUCUCCAGCCCCUUCCACCUGCGCAGUUUCUGCGGCAUGGGGGGGCCCCGCACUGUGGUGGCGGGGAGCAGCGACGCGGCCCAGAGGGCGNACCAGGCGAUGGCAGUGCUGACGGACCACCCCUACGCCUCCCUGACCCUCCCAGACGAUGCAGCCGCUGACUGUCUCUUCCUGCGUCCCGGGGUGCCUGGUGUGCCCCCUUUCCUCCUGCACCGUGGAGGGGGGGACCUGCCCAACAGCCAGGAGGCACUGCAGAAGCUCUCCGAGGUCACCCUGGUACCUGUGUCCUGCUCAGAGCUGGAGAAGGCAGGUGGUGGGCUCAGCUCCCUCUGCCUGGUACUCAGCACACGCCCCCACAGUUGAGGGCGUGGCCUUGGGGUCUUGGCUCAUGGGGGUGGGGCAGCAUACGGAGUAGAAGGGGGGAAGGAGGGUUAGACAGAGGGUGGUAAAUAGUGGGGAGGGGGCCCCAAGAUAGGGAGAGGGCAUAGUGGCGGGGCAUAGAAGCCAUUGGGUGAGUCUUCUCUCCCGGAGCUAAUAAAAUAGAACCGACCUUUCGGA